GUUACAUGGUAGUGAACUGAUAUUACUCAAAGUCAUUUAAGCACACAAGUUUAACUGAUUUGGAUAUAUGAUUUAAAGAACAAUAGAAAUACCUAGCAUGCAGUGAACUUCAUUGUGGUUCAUUUCUGGAAGGUCAAUUUCAUCACAUGUCAAAUCCUUUUCCAUUAGAUGGAAGAGUACACCUGAUUGUUGUGAAAGUGGCAUAUUUAAUUGAAGAGGAGACUAAAGGGCUAAUGAUCUUCAAUGUAAAUGGAAUGUGGCUGCAGAACAGAAUGGCUUUAUGUUACUUGCGGACAUUUCUUCUAUUCCAAUUUUGGAUCAUCUCACAUGUAAUAUAACUUCUGUACAUACUUGGAAAAAAGGGAGUAAAAUAUCUAAAGAGCUCAAUAUUUUUAAUUUGCAUCUGUUUAAUUCUUUGUGUGAAUGUCCAUAUAUAUUGGAGGACCAAGUUACAUUUGGAAUUUCAUAAGUGGUAUGUUAUUUACAAAUUUAAUUUAAUGCUUACUGUUUGGACUUCACAGGAUGAACGUGAAAUAAAACGAGAAAAGAGGAAGCAGUCGAAUAGGGAGUCAGCUAGGAGGUCAAGGUUGCGUAAGCAGGCAGAGUGCGAGGAACUGCAAACCAGGGUGCAAAAGUUGAGAAAUGACAACCGAACACUUGAGGAAGAGCUGAAGAACCUGGCUGAGGAAUGCGAGAAUCUCUCGUCUGAAAAUAAUUCCAUAAUGGAAGAGGUGACUCAAUUGUACGGACCGGAUGCAACAUUGAACCUCGAAGCUCGCUAUCCAGUUCCAGCCGUCCGAUCUGUUGUCAACGGUGAGCAUAGCAACCAUGGACAAGAAACUUCAGUAGAAAACAACUCCAACUCUGCGUCUGGUCAGCAUGGACGGGUAUUAAAUUCUGCUACAAACCAUGAUUCUUAAACCUGUUGAUCACCGGAGUUGUUAUUUACCUUUAUCAGUUCUAAUGUAGAUCCUGUAACUAAAGAACCUCUAACCAAAAACCGUUUUGACAGCCUAUAGCUAUUAGCCAUUUCCAAAAAAAAAAAAAAAAAUAAAAAAGCCUAUAGCUACUAGCUACUGUUUAAAUAUUUUGAUAUUUGUAUAGUCUUGAGAUGGUGGUGGUGGUUUUUAUUGUUGUAUUUUUUUCCAGCAUAUUGUUGUGGCUUACAGGAUAAAUUCCAUUGUAAACUGAUUGUCUUUAGAAACUUCUUUACUUUGUUCGAGUGCCUUUCGUCUUUG